AUGAGUACUCAACAAAGUCAGCUCCCGAAAGUGCCUUAUGUGUUUUGGUGGAACGAGAAACGCUACACUGUUGAUGCAGAACUCUUCAAGAAGCUUUCAAACAAAUUCGCUCGAGAUUUAGAAGAUGAAGACAAGCAAAAUCAACAAACAAUCACAGAUGUCAUGGACGAAGACACAUUUAAAGCAUUCUUAGCUGCUUGCCAGUUCCAGCAUUACGAUAUUACAAAGAAAAACGCGCAUGAUUUAUUGAAACUUGCCAGGAAAUGGGAAGUUCCUUCUCUUUACGAAUAUGUUGAUGAGUAUAUUAAGAAGAAUGAAAUACAAGAGGAUAGAAAGAAUUAUCUUAAUAUUUUAGUCGAAAAGGUUAAAACAGAUUCAGAUACAAAGGAAGAUUGGACAAAUGUAGCAUUCGAUAUUAACAGAUACAUGAAUGAGGAGCCAUUUAAGACACUUCCACCCGAAGUUAUCUAUCAAAUUCUCGCAAUUGCCGAUCGAAAAUAUCUUGAUCAGCAAAUUUUCAAUGAUUUCGUUUUAGACUUAUUCAAGACAAAUCCUACAAACGCAGUACCUCUUAUGCUUCGUCUUGACUUUUCUCUUCUUACAGAUGACCAAAUUGCCUCAAUAUUCGAGACAAAGAACGUUCAUCAGAUGAAUAUUAACUUCUUUACAGCUGCUUCGUUAUCAGCAGUUACAAAUAAGGCCAGACUUCAGCUUCAAAAUGAAGAAAUCAGACAAAAAAUUAAUUUAGACGUUUUUCGCGUAAAGAAUAUGAUCCAUCAGAACAGCCUUACAGAAGAUAUCCAAUCGGACUAUUCCAAGGAGGUCUCAGAGAUCAGAGAGACCAUUUCCAAGCAAAAACAGCAAAUCGAACAAUUAUCAAGAGAUUUCGAUAUCCACAACGACCGCAUGAAAAAGAUCGAGCAUAAGAUUACAUCCUCAAGAACGCCAUGCGAUAGAACAGUUCUAGCUACGAUUCAGAAUAAUGUUCGCGAUUACGUCGACAAGACAACUACAGAAGUAAACAAGCAGCUGGAGAAGCACUUCCAGAAGAUGAAUGGCUUCUACAACUCCGUUCCAAAGCAAACGGACGAUUAUUUCAGAGAACAGACGAUGAAUGGUGACAAUGAGCACUUUAAGUCACAGUUCCUGCUUAACUCGACCAUGGAGCGCAACCACCAGGUCAAUGCCGCUAUAGAUAAAAUGAAAGAACAAAUGACAGACGUAAAGGCCAUGCUUUGUGCCAAAGUUGUACGUGAUAAAUUACGCUAUGAUGAAUUCUUACGUAAGAAUCUUUCAAAGAAGUUUAAUAUUUUCGAUGUAGAACCUUCAAUUUGGGGAAUCAGAUCUAACCAGGUCAAGGAUCAAUAUGAACGCCUUCAAAAGAUGGAAGCUCAGCUUGAUGCUGUUUGCCCAACUAGACAAGGCGAUAAAGCUAGUUCAAAGAAGAAAUAA